AUGGACAUCCUCUAUACGUACCUCCCGCCCGCGACGCGCCCGCGGCCCCCUCGAGGCCACCCUCCGUACGUCUGGACGAUCCCUACGCCGACCUACUUUCGCUUCCUCCGCCACUACAUUAACCGGUUCGCCCUCGGCUUCGAGCUCGUCUACGCCCGCGCGCUCCCCUACGCGACUACGUAG